CCGGGGCGGCGCCUCCUGCGUGGCAGGAUCCAGGCAGGUGUCCGGGAGCGGAGCCGCCAGCAUGGCCCGGGGGACGCGCUGGCUGCUGAUCGGCUGCGGCUUGUGCCUGGCGCUCGCAGUUAGGAACGCUACUGCCACGACAACUGUCACCCAGCAAACCGCGUCCAGCCAGCACCCAUCCGCCACGGCUACACCACCGCAGAGCCCCCUGAGUGCCACCCAGCACCCAUCCACCACGGCUACACCACCACAGAGCCCCGUGGCUACCUCCAGAGACACCUCCCUUUCCGCUGCCCUGACUGACAGCACCACUGCAUCCACGCAGAACAGAACCACAGCAGCAGCUCCAGCCUCGUCCAGAACCCCAGAAUCUGCUUCCAGCCCUCCCCUGUCCUCGGCCAGCCCCAGUCACACCAACACCUCAGCUACUCCUGCUGCCAGCUCCAGUGAGACGCACUCGACUGAACAGCCGGGGCCCAACAGCGGCACAACAGCCAGUGGCUCAGCGGUGUCCUCUCUGAAGCAGCCCACGCUCUCCCUGAGCCCGGGCCUGGUGGCUGUGAUCUGCAUCUUCGUGGCCAUCCUGCUCAUUGCUGCUGGGGUGGUGGUGGUGAAGCUCUGCCGCAGAAGGGAGCCGGCAUUCGAGAAGCUGGAUGAGGUGCCAAUGGGGAAGAUGACUGAAGACUCGCCCUUUGCUCGCUACCCUCCAAAGUAACCGGCGUCUCCCCCCGGUGGGAGCUGAGCCCAGCCUCGUGUGGGGAAGGGUGUGGGAGGAUCUGCACCUCUGUCCUGGCCAGGCUGCAGCAGCAGGGUGGCUCCAGCUCCUCGCGGCCCAGCCCAGCCUGGCCAAAGUUCCCCUACUGCUCAGGGACUCGGCGUGAAUAAAGAGGCUGCUGGUUCUGCUCA